CCUGGGUGGCCGGGUGUGAGGCGCCACACGCCCUGUGGACCAGCACCUCCUGACUCAGCCAGGCCCCAGCACGCACAGCUGCAGAAAGGAAAGAAAAUCUCUUGGCUCCGAGAUGACAUCCGGAGAACCCAAGGCAAGCCUCAAGAAUGCCUACCCGUCUGCUAAGAGGCUGCUGCCCAAGGCGGAGGAGGAGGAGGAGGAGGAGGACUACUGUACCCCCGGAGCCUUCGCGCUGGAGCGUCUCUUCUGGAAGGGCAGUCCCCAGUACACCCACGUCAAUGAGGUCUGGCCAAAGCUCUACAUUGGGGAUGAGGCGACAGCGCUGGACCGCUACAGGCUGCAGAAGGCAGGCUUCACGCACGUGCUGAACGCGGCCCACGGCCGCUGGAACGUGGACACGGGGCCCAAUUACUACCGCGACAUGGCCAUCGAGUACCACGGAGUGGAGGCUGACGACCUGCCCACCUUUGAUCUCAGCGUCUUCUUCUACUCAGCGGCCUCUUUCAUCGACAGGGCACUCGGCUUGGAUGACAGUAAGAUCCUGGUUCAUUGCGUCAUGGGCCGCAGUCGGUCGGCGACCCUGGUCCUGGCCUACCUGAUGAUUCACAGGAACAUGACUCUGGUGGACGCCAUCCAACAAGUGGCCAAGAACCGCUGUAUCCUGCCCAACCGGGGCUUUCUGAAGCAGCUCCGGGAGCUAGACCUGCAGCUCGUCCAGCAGAGGAGACAGGCCCAGCAGGGCAAUGAUGGCGAGGAGGCCAUUGAGAAGGAGAUGUAGUGCCCCACAAGGGGCGGCAGAGACACUUGGGAAUGGAAAGAGGAAACUGAAAUAGCUCUGACAUGAAGAAGGGACAGUGAAACCACAGCCUGACUUCUUCCAUAUAACCUCACACUUCCCGGUGGCGUGCUGAUGAACAGGGAGCGUUCAAGGCUGCUUCCUGGACCAGUCCAGAGCUUGGCUUCACCAUGGAAUGGGGCAGUCUGGCUUCCCAGCAGAAUUGGUUACAGAGGAACACACAGUUCUGCAUAAAGGAGCGUGGAUGAUUAUUUUUUUAUAAGAUGGG